CCCUCUUUCUUUCACUCGGUAGCUUCUACGAAAGAAGAUAAACCCCAGCACAAAAUCCCCGACGGAGAAACCUAAACCCUACCCUAGCCAUGGCGCUGAAUUCAUGAAGAUACUGUAAUAUGGCGAAACCCGCAUCGUUGCCUUUAGCUUUUAGGAUUUCUUCGCGGCCAACGAAGAUGCCGAAGCAGUUUAUUGCUCCGAAGCCGAUUUCGUUGAUUGCCGGUUGCAAUUUAAUCCUCGGGUUGAAUAAAAGGAACUCUGGGCAAUUUCAAUUUCUAGGGUCCAGAAAUUGUGUGAGGAGUUUUUGCUCGAAUUAUUCGCUGUUGGGAAUGAGGAGUUUCUCCUCCAAUUCGUUUCGGGAGAAGGAAAUCGAGAGUAGCGGAAAGCCCCUUCCUUGGCUAACCGCAUCCAUGGAAGCAAAUCGAAGAAAAUCCGUGAAAAACGAGACUAGCAAACCGGUGGUUGUUAGGUCUUCGUGGGAGGAAUCUGCAGAGAAAUUUCUAAAAACCAGUUCGCCUUCACCCGCUGCAGUAGAAAGUAGAGAAACUCGGAAAUUCGAACCUAGGAGAAACGAAUUUAGGACUAAAGAUAGUUAUCGAAACGAUGAUGAAGAAAACGAGGGGGAUGCCGAGGUUUCCAGUGACCCGAAAUGGUACAAUAUUAGAAGGAGGUACGAUAAUUACGUAGCCGUAAAUCGAGGCCCCGAUAGAGAGGAUGUAAGGAGAUGGAACAAGCAAGAAGAUUGGGGUAGAAAGACGUGGAAAGAAGCUAAAGAGUCUUCACUCCCGAAAAUGGUAGGAGAAGGUAUCUACGGAGUGGGUCCCGUUUUAGCCGCCAUGUCAGCCAGUCGGAGAGAGUUCUACACGUUGUACGUUCAAGAAGGGCUGGAUUUGAGCGGCAACAACAAGAAGAAGAAAGACAAGAAAGGGUUCGAGAGAGUUCUGAAAAUCGCAGAUAAGAUCGGAUUAACCAUUAAAGACGUAACCAAGCAUGAUUUGAACAUGAUCUCCGAUAAUAGGCCCCAUCAGGGCUUGGUGCUCGAUGCUUCGCCGCUAGAAAUGGUUGGUAUAAAGGAGUUGGAGCCCGUUUCUGCAGAGGAGGGAGAAAAGGGCCCGCUUUGGCUUGCGUUGGAUGAAAUAACGGACCCUCAGAAUUUAGGUGCGAUUAUUCGUUCGGCUUACUUUUUCGGAGCUUCGGGUGUGGUUUUGUGCGCGAAAAACUCGGCUCCUUUGAGUGGGGUUGUGAGCAAAGCUAGUGCUGGCUCGCUCGAGCUAAUGGAGCUUCGUUCUUGCAAGAAUAUGAUGCAGUUUUUAUCUUCGUCUGCUGAAAACGGUUGGAGGGUUCUUGGUGGGUCCGUUUCUCAAAGGGCUGUACCGUUGGACGAAAUUGCCCCUGGUGAUCCGACAAUACUGGUUUUGGGAAGUGAGGGCACUGGUUUGAGGCCUUUGGUGGAGAGAUCUUGCACUGAGUUGAUUAGAAUUAAUGGGAAUUUUCCGGUCGAUUUGGUGGCGACACCUGGCGACGAAGAUGGGGACAGUGUUGAGUUUUCGAGUCAAGAACUGAAGACUUUCUUGGCUGUGGAGAGCUUGAAUGUUAGCGUUGCGGCUGGUGUUCUGCUUAACCACUUGAUUGGGAGGAACUACGAUCGCUCAGAAUAAUCGGUUGAGGGUAUUAUGCAUUCCCAUGUGUGGCUUUUGGUGGGAGGACUGAUUGGUUGUUCGAUUUACCGUACGACUGAUUACAACGGCCUUGGUUAAGGUCUUUACAGAAGUCGAAAGUUUUGUUUAUUUUGUAUUGAACUGUUGGACUAAAUGUGAACGAUAUUUAUCGAUGUGAUUGGUCUCGUUCGAAUUUCGGGGCUAUGUAUCGUAGUUUUACAUUUAUUUAA